AUGGACAAGAGUUCGAGUGUGAGUGGGAAUGGAGUGAAGUCGAAGCCUCUGGUGGUGACACCGGAACAGAUCUACUUCAUUGGUACGAACGCUAAGAAGCGUCAGGGAGUGAUCGGUGUCCCCAACAACUGUGGCUAUGAUGACGAACACGGCUCGUACCUACACGUGCCGCACGACCACAUCUUCUACCGCUACGAAAUGCUUAAGAUUAUAAGAAAGGGAAGCUUUGGACAAGUGAUCAAAGCUUAUGACCACAAGAGUCAACAAUACGUGGCCUUAAAGAUGGUUCGCAAUGAGAAGCGGUUCCACAGACAGGCACAGGAAGAGAUCCGAAUUCUGGAUCUCAUAAGAAAACAAGACAAAGACAAUGCUAUGAAUAUCAGUGUCAAUCUCUAUGAACUGAUUAAGAAGAAUAAGUUCCAGGAAUUCAGCAUUCAAUUGGUCCACAGAUUAGCCUUUUCUAUACUCAGAUGUCUGGAAGCGCUUUAUAAUAACAAAAUAAUUCAUUGCGAUCUCAAGCCUGAAAACGUAUUACUCAAACAACAGGGAAGGUCUGGCAUUAAAGUGAUUAAUUUUGGAUCGAGUUGUUUUGAACACCAACGCGUCUACACUUACAUCCAGUCCAGCUUCUAUAGGGCGAACGAAGUGAUACUCGGCGCCAAAUACGGUAUGCCUAUCGAUAUGUGGAGUUUAGUGAUGAGCGGAGGCCGGUCACGUUGGGUCAAAAUGCGAGGCCCGCCCGCCAGCAAAGAAUGGGCCAAUGCUCUCAAGGGUUGUGAUGACGAGUUCUUCAUCGACUUCAUCAAGAAGUGUCUGGAAUGGGAUCCGUCGACACGAAUGACUCCAUACACAGUUUUGCGACACUCGUGGCUGACUCGCCGCCGACUGCCUCGACCGCCACAAAACAGUGAUAACUCGACGGUGAGUGAGUCCUCUCCCGUUCGGCUCCAUCAUAAUUAUCAUUCAAAUAACAACAACUCUUUGGUGACCACAAAUCGUGUGCGGAAGUCAAUGGUUGACGACGUGUUGCUGGGAGAGAGUGAUGGCACGUAUCUGACCAAAAUAUGGAAUCCCAACAAUCCCGACAACAAAUACGACUCAAGCAGUUCAACACUCGGACGCAAAGCCGACAGAAAUGUGCGCAAAGACAACAGAAUUGUUAAUACAAUCAACAAUAAGUUACAUAAAGAAAAGGUGCGAACGGAGGAGACAAGUGUCGUCAGUGACCGCAUCAAACGGCCAUAA